GUGGGGGGUGGGUUGGCUUUCAGGUGGCUGGGUUAGGUUUUGGGUGAGGCUAAGGGAGGAGGAGUCGAUUUCUGGUAGGUGAGGAGAGCAUGGUUUUGGAUGAGGGGUUGAGGAGGGAUGGCGUCAGCGGUGGGGUGGUUUUAAUUUAUUUUAUAUUUUAAAAAUUGUUUUUAAUUGUUUGGAUCAAUCAAGGGCUUAAACACAUGACAAAUAACUUAUUAUAAUAGGAUUGUUGACUUUUGUUGACCGGUCAUGACAUGUCAGAAGAAAACGCCCCAAAAUUGGGAUACUUAACAAUAAAUAAUGACCCAAAAUUAGGAUUACUAAAACCAGUUUUUCAUACGCAGUAUAUCUUAAUGGUCAAAAAUAAAAUUGACAAAUAUAACAACUUUAAUAAUGUCGAUUAUUCUUCAACGAAGAAAGUAACCGAGAAGCUGUAACCCACACGGCCCACGGCCACUCUCAAAGAACACUGUAGUAGGAACUAGGAAACCCCCUUCAAAUAAAAACCACGAACCGUCCAUAAAACAACUUUCAGAAAUCAAAUGUCUUUUGUCUGUCCGAAACUACAUCACUUCAACGGUCACUUUUUCUACUCACUGCUCACUACUCAUUCCCAGCACAAAAAAAAUUACUCAACUCAACAAGAAAGAAUUACAAAUAAACCAGAUACCUGAAUUCAAACUCUAAUUAACAAAGAUGGCGAAUUUUAUCAUCACUCUCUCUCUCUUACUCUCUCUCCUCCUAGCAGUAACCUUUCGGCCCAUUAAGGCCCAACUAGAAGAAAAAGCAGUAAUACAGCAGCAGCAGCUAUGGUGUGUGGCAAAGAACAACGCCGAGGAUUCCGCACUUCAGCAGGCCUUGGAUUGGGCUUGUGGGCCAGGUGGUGCUAGCUGUGGCCCAAUCCAAAAUGGUGGGCCUUGUUAUGAUCCAAAUGAUCUUAUUGAUAUGGCUUCUUAUGCUUUCAAUGAUUAUUGUUUAAAGCAUGGUAUGAGUGAAGAGACUUGUAACUUCAGUAACACUGCUGCUCUUACUGCUCUCGAUCCAAGUCAUGGAAAGUGCAAAUAUGCUUCAAGUAUUUUCACUGCUGCAAAUUCUACCACCCCUUCAACUGCAGGAGUCAUCCCAGGUAGUGAAGACUUGAACGAGACCUCUCAGUUUGCUGCAACAGAGGUUAGGACGUUAGCCCUCCUUAAUUUGCUUCUCGCAAUCGUUAUACUCACUAUAACAGAUGAGAAUUGGUGAGAAUUGGAUGUAUUGAGUGAAGCAAGUCAGUGAAAUAGAGCUAGGCUUAGAUCUUGCUAAUAUCAUUCCUGGAAAAGUUUUGUUCCCGGCUUUGAUUCUUGUAUCUUUCAUGAACAAUUGAUAUAUUUCGUUGGAACCUAUCUGGUUUGUAAAACCAAUUAAUAUAUUUUUGUUGUUGUGCAGUGUACAGUAUCUCUUAUUC